GUCCUUUGCCUUUAACCUGUGUUUUUUGCAGGAAGUCCACCUCCGGGACCAGAGGGAUGUGAUUCUCUUCUCUCAAGAAUGGAGGAAGGGUGAUCAUAGCUGGCGUCCACUCUACAGGCGUGGGAAUACUAUUUGGAGACCGCGCCUUUGAGAAGGGAGCAGUAGCAUGUCUCAGGAGCCAGAUUCGAGCCAGUCACAGUCCCAGCCACAGACCCAGUCACAGGGUGGCUCCAGCUCUUCGUCAGGAACCGGAUCUGCCAGCCAGUCCUCCUCUUCCUCGGGCUCAGGCACGCUCAGCUCUGUGGACACCAUUCCUGUGAGGGACCUGGCCUGUAUCCCAGAGGAGUUGGAGGAACCUGAGCCCCAACCCUGGGGCCGCCUGUUGCCCAUGGAGAGGGGCUUCCGUGUGCACAACUGCAUAGAUGAUGAAUAUUGGUUUGGACGGGACAGAUCAUGUCAUUACUGCUUCAAUGACCCAAUUAUAAAGGGGUCUGAUAAGUAUAUUACAUACAGCAAGAGACACUUCAGGAUAUUCAGGGAACAAGACAUUGUCUACAUAGAGGACAAUAGUGGAAAUGGAACAUUUAUGGAUGGAAAGAUUAUUGGCAAGGGGAAGAAGCUUCCGCUGGCAAAUAAUGCUGAGCUGGCCUUAGCACAGCCACAUCACAAAGUGUUUGUUUUUAUUGAUCUCAUGGCUGAUGAACAGUCUAAUCUUCCAAAAGAGUUCAAAGACAAGUACCUGAUUUCCCGAAAGAUUGGAUCUGGAGUAUGUGGGGAGGUCAAGUUGGCAUUUGAAAGAGCCACAUGCAAAAAGGUUGCAGUUAAAACUAUAAAUAAGACUGACUUUCCAUCAGUUGGGACUGCCACUCGAAAUGCUGAAAGGGAGGUUGAAAUCCUUAAAAAAAUAAAUCAUCCUUGCUUGAUUAAGACAGAAGAUUUCUUCCAAACAGAAGACUCUUACUACAUUGUGUUAGAGUUCAUGGAAGGUGGAGAGCUGUUUGACAGAGUCAAGGAGAAGAAACAGCUAAAGGAGCCUAUUGCUAAGCUGUACUUUUAUCAGAUGCUGCUAGCAGUUGAAUACCUCCACAGCAAUGGAAUCAUUCACAGAGAUCUCAAACCUGAGAAUGUGCUGCUUUCUUCUAGACAUGAAGUCUGCCUCAUUAAGCUCACAGACUUCGGACAGUCAAAGAUUCUUGAGGAGACAUCGCUAAUGCGGACGUUAUGUGGCACGCCUACAUACCUGGCACCAGAGGUGUUCACUGAUGCCAUCACAGUGGGCUACAGCAGAGCAGUGGACUGCUGGAGUCUUGGUGUCCUCCUGUUUGUGUGUCUUGGAGGGUACCCCCCAUUCCACUCAGAGGGGACAGAGAUGACCAUCAUCGAACAAAUUACUCAGGGCUGUUACAAAUUCAUCCCAGCCCGAUGGGCACACAUCUCAGAUCAAGCAAAGGACCUUGUCAAGAGACUUUUAGCUGUGGACCCAAAAGAAAGGCUCACAAUUAAGGAGGCACUACAACACCCUUGGAUGCAAGAUGCAGAGAUGAAAGCAGCCGCCUACAGAGUUAUGCAUCCCAAUGAAAAUACUGCAGACAGCAUAAAGCCAUCUACCAGUCACAAACGUCCCCUGGAGGACAGCGAUGAAACACCCGGGAAGAGAAAGCUCACACUAGCAAGGCCCACCAACACCGGAAUCGAGUCAUCAGCGCAGCUGGGGGAAAGAGUGAUCCAAGCGGUGACGAGGCAAGAGAGGUGGGCUACAUGCUAGGCUAAAAGCUCAAGCAAACCGACUGCCUCUCUCUAGCCUACUGCUAGCGAAUGUCCAAUCCCUCGAAAACAAACUGGAUGAAAUCAGAACCAGGAUCACAUCACAACGUGAAAUUAGAAACUGCUGCGCGCUCAUUUUCAUAGAAACCUGGCUAUCAGACAACAUUCCAGACUCAGCUGUUCAGCUACAGACGCACUCCAUUCACCGCGGGGACUACAAGAAGGCCAGGUAUGAUCUUUGAAGAGCCAUUAGGGCUGCCGAGAGGGAAUACAGACUGAAACUGGAGUGUCAUUAUACUACGGCUGACACCCAGCACAUGUGGCAGGGAUUACAGAACAUCAUAGACUAUCGGAGCAGAAGCAGGUGUGAGAUCACUGACAGCCGCAUCACACCUGACAAACUCAACGAGUUCUUUGCCUGUUUCGAGGUCUUCAACAAUGAACCACUGGGUAUUAAACUGACUGGUGGGAACACACAGAACCCACCAUUUACAGUCACAUCUGCAGUUGUGGCAAAGACUUUUGGGAAAACAAACCCACGGAAAUCAGCCGGCCCAGACAAUAUCCCCGGACGCGUAUUUAGAACCUGCUCAUCGGUGCUAGCGAAUGUCUUUACCGAUAUAUUCAAUCUGUCCCUUGCACAAGCCUCAAUUCCCACCUGCUUAAAGAGGACCACUAUCCUGCCGCUUCCAAAAAACAACGAAGCAUCCUGCUUCAUCCACUACUGACCUGUUGCACUGACUCCAAUAGUGAUGAAGUGCUUCGAGAGAAUCAUCA